GUCUGAACUUGUAAAAGAAGUUGUUGAAUUUGUUUUGAUGAGAUUGAAUAAUGGCUCUCCUUUAAAUGACAAGGACCUAGUUGGGGUGGAUUCAAGAAUCAAGGAUAUUGAAGAGCUAUUACGCAUUGGGUUUGCUGGUGUUCGCAAGAUAGGAAUUUGGGGUGCCGGUGGGAUAGGGAAGACUACUCUUGCUAGGGCUGUAUCCAAUAAAAUCUCUGAAAAUAGACAUUUUGAAAGCUCUUACUUCUUUGAAAAUAUUAGAGAAGAAUCAGAGAAAAACAAGGGACUAACUGGCUUGCAACAACAAAUUAUUUGUAACAUUUUAGGGGAUAAAAAUGCUAAUAUAGGAUCCCGCUUCACCAAAGAAAGGCUUGGCCGUAUGAAAGUUCUCAUUGUGUUAGAUGAUGUGACAAAUUUUAAACAAAUAGAACUUUUAAUUGAAGAUUUUAAGUGCUUGGGUUCAGGAAGUCGAAUAAUCAUAACGACAAGGGAUAAACAAGUACUAGAAAAUUGUCUGGUGGAUGGUAUAUAUGAGACUCCUAUAUUAUCUUAUGGUGCAGAUCUCCAAUUGUUUAGUCGAUAUGCCUUUAGACAAAAGUUUCCACCAGAAGAUUUUAGGGAGCUAGCUGUAAGGUUGUUAUCAUAUGCUAAUGGUCUUCCACUUGCUCUUAAAGUUUUAGGUUCUUUUCUAUUCAAAAGAACAAAGAAAGAAUGGGAAAGUCAACUAGUAAACUUGAACAUUAAUGUUCCUAGGGACAUCCAGGAGGUGCUAAAAGUAAGUUAUGAUGGGUUGACUGACAAGCAGAAGCUUGCAUUUUUAGACAUCGCAUGUUUUUUUAAAGGAUAUAAAAGAGAUCUUAUAGAAGCAAUCUUGAAUGCCCAUAAUUUCGACUCCCAUAUUGAGAUAAAUGUUCUCAUUGAAAGGGCUCUCAUAACUACUUCAUUCAAUACCAUCACAAUGCAUGAUUUACUUCAAGAAAUGGGUAGAGAAAUUGUGCGGCAAGAAUCAAUUGAUGAUCCUGGCCGACGUAGUCGAUUGUGGGAUCAUGAAGAUAUCUUGAAAGUAUUGACCAAAAAUAAGGGGACUGAAGUAAUUCGAAGCAUGCGCUUGAAUAUGUCUAAAGUAUCGGAGUUACAUUUAAAGCUUGAAGCUUUUCAAGAAAAUGGAAAAUCUAAGAUUCCUGGAAGUUGAUGGCUGCGAGUAUGAUAAGAAGGUGUGGUUUGGAAGCCUUGGAUCCGAUUCUUGUUUGCUGUGCUUAACAUAUUCAAGCCUUGUUUUGAAUGGUUUUUAUGGAAGUUUUUGAAAAUAAUAGCUCCGAGCAUGAAGAGAAGU